CACCUGAUAAUUUGUUAUAGUCCAUGGGUGAUUCAGAAGCUGCAAUGGCUUGACGUGUAGUGUAAAAAAGGGAUAAAACGUCUUUAUUUCCUGAUUCGUUUUGACGAUCCUUCUGGUGUAAUGAUGGAGUCUAUAAUAGAUUUUGAAGAAUGUCUUCGAGACUCUCCGAAAUUUCGAGCUGCUUUGGAAGUACAAGAAGCUGAUAUUGAGCAAUUGGAACAGAAACUUGACAAGGUUUUAAAAAUGUGUGGACUGAUGGUUGACGUAGGAAAGACUUACAUAGCCCAGCAGAGUCAGUUUGCCAACAGCCUGUGGGAUCUCAGCAGUUACUUUCGAGAUGACGCAGAUGUUGUGGUCUGCCUUAACAAGUUAAUUCACGUUCUUCAAGAAAUGAAUAAGUUUCAUACAAUUCUACUGGAUCAAGCAUCUCGCACCAUACUAAAGAAUCUCACGUCUUUCGUCAAGGGGGAUAUAAAAGGAUUGCGUGAAUCUCGUCACUACUUUGAGAAGAUCUCGGUGGAUCUGGAUACGGCGUUGUCACGGAACUCGCAGGCACCGCGUAGUCGCCCCGCGGAGGCAGAGGAGGCUCAGAACUUGCUGUGCGCAACGCGCUCGUGUUUCCGGCACACUGCUCUUGAUCACGUGUAUUGUCUGAGUAUUCUUCAAGCAAGGAAGAAACCCGAGGUUUUAGGAACGCUGUUAUCGUACAUGCAUGCAUAUAGCACCUUCUUCCACCAGGGUUCAGAUUUAUGCCAAGAUUUGGAUCCAUUCUUUAAGAAACUGGCUGAUGAUGUUGUGGAAAUGCGACAACAGUGUAACAAACUGGAGAAGCAAAUGGAGAACAGGCACACUUUUGUAACAACCCGGGAUUUUGUACCUCCGCCAGGGCGUAAUGGAGCACCUCGUAUGGAGGGAUAUCUGUUCAAGAGAACGUCAAAUGCUUUCAAAACUUGGAAUAGACGUUGGUUUGCUUUACAGGAUAACCAGUUGGUAUACAGGAAACGUACUGGUGAAGACAGUGUAACUGUAAUGGAAGAAGAUCUGCGUCUUUGUUCAGUGAAACCUGUUCUUGAAGGUGAUCGACGCUUUUGCUUUGAGGUUCUCUCGCCAACCAAGAGUCACAUGCUGCAGGCUGACUCAGACGAGAUGUAUCAGUCGUGGAUAUCGGCAAUGCAGCAGGGAAUAGGAGCCGCGAUACAGUUAAGUAUUAGUGAAGAAGGUUCCUUGGCGUAUCCAAGUAUUGCUAGUACCGGUGGCAGUGUUAAUGGUGGCGGAAAGGACUCGGGUGCGUCUCACUCGCCCAGUGGAAGCACUGUCGGAGAUCCUGUCGAGAAACCAUCACCAGAGAGAGAGCGCAAGAACAGAAUGUGGGAACAGUUGCUGAAAAUUCCAGGCAAUGAUCACUGCUGUGAUUGUGACAUCGUGAAUCCGAGAUGGGCCAGCAUCAACCUGGGAAUUACACUUUGUAUUGAAUGUUCAGGAGUACAUCGUAGUCUCGGCGUUCACUACAGUAAGGUACGAUCGCUCACAUUGGAUGCGUGGGAACCAGAGAUUCUUAAAGUUAUGGCUGAACUUGGCAAUUCGAUUGUGAAUAAAGUUUAUGAGGCCGAUAUGGAUCCCGAGUUUGCACGUGCAACUCCGAAAUGUCAUGGAAACAUCCGCGAAGCAUGGAUCAAAGCAAAAUAUGUUGAACGUCGAUUUGUUAAACAGUUAUCAGUACUGCCUUCGUCAAACCAGAAGUCUGCGUCUCCCGACCAACGAUCAUCACGCCCGCUCUCAGUUCGAAAGUGGAGUGUCAGAAAGUUGCGGAGGAGACCGAAGAGCAGGGACGGUGCACGUGAAAAGAAGUCGCAGUCAACAAAGCUACUGCCUAGUGUUUCUGAAACCAAAAACACUUUGAAUAUGGAUAUAAAUUCUGAAGGUAACGAAGAAAGUAACGAAGAUACCAGGUCUGAAUAUUGUGGCAGUGCUACACAGAGUCCAGAAUCAGAGAAGGAAGUAUCAGAUGAGACAAAUGAAGCUUCGUUAAAAGGUAGUAAAGGCAGCGACUCAGGUUUCUCAAACACUGAAAAUGAGUUGGUGAAUGCUGAUGUGCUUAUGUUUGGGAAGAACUUCGAGAAACACCCACUAGAAGGCUCUAUAGAACUGAGUAGUGAUCAAGACUCAACCGGUGGUGAAGAUGAUGAAUUUAUAGGGGAGGAAGACAUUUCAAAGCUGCACCCAAAUCUGCUGUUGUAUAAAGCUGCAGCAGCUCAUAAUUUACCUGUUAUGUGUGAGGCAUUUGCUGCGGGCGCUGACAAACUUUGGAACAAUGCGGACGACAGAUCUCGUAGUCCCAUCCACCAAGCCAUCAUUAGUGGUUCUGUAAUGGCUGUAGAGUUUCUUCUUUUAAAUGGUGCCAAAAUCAAUACGCAGGAUGCGGACGGGAAGACGCCUCUUCAUUUAGCCACAGAACUGGGUCACACUGCACAAGUAUGCUUACUGUUGAAACACAGAGCCAAUCAGCACCUCCAAGACUCUGAAGGGAUGACGCCCCUCACUAUCGCUGUUGAAGAAGCUAACGCAGACAUCGUCACAUUCACUAGGACCGAGAGCAAGACAUCGUCACGACAACAUGACAAGCUUAUGCUUCCCUCAUUCAUGCGUUCUUCUGCUCGCAAACUCUUCCCUCGCUCCAGCAGUGCCAAGAGAAAUUCCAAGAAACAACCAGAAUUGUCAUUACAGGACAAGAAAGGAAGUGAUAGGUCUUUACAGUGACAGUGGCAUUUUUGUCCUCUUUGUUAUAUUUAAGUGAUUGUAUCAAAGCAAAUGUUCUUUCAUGUAUCUGGAAGGAGGUCUACAUUGCCCAGUGCAGCAGCCAUAAUAAGUAAUUCUUUCUGUACUCAGAUCUUUAGCUGCUUUUGAGUUUUUAUUUUAUAGCGCUAGGAUUUUGAAUUUUAGAGAUAUUACGUAUCAUUAACAGGAGUCGGGAUAGCUCAGUCAAUAUAGUGACUAGCUACGAGCUCGACUGGGGUUUGAUCCCCGACGGGGGCAGAGGAUUUUUCCACCAGCUUCUGUGUCCUAUCAAGUGGGUACCGGGGUCCUUUCCUGGGGGUUAAGCGAGGCUGGGGCAUGAUGCUGAUCACUCCCCCCAAGCGCCUACAUGGCAUGUAGCGGGACUGCUUUAGUCUUUUUAUGUAUCAUUAACAAAGUAUAUCUACGUAAAAGCAGUUUAUAUGUCGUCAGCUGAAGAGUAUUGCCACUCGGUAAAAUUCUCUUCUAAGUUUUCGCUGCGUGCGUUGUGCUGUGUUAUUUGGAGUAGAAAAAAACUUGAGAUUUCUUAUCGCGAACUAUUAGCAUAUUGGGUUUGAGAGUGGUGGUGUCUUGAAACAUUUUUGGACUGGCAACUUUAUCCAUUAUGAGUGUAUAUGGGGGAGUAACGUCUUUCAUCAUAUAAUUUGCGCGAUCGUGUAAUUCGCUCUGCCCCAUUUGUUACCGUAAAACUGAAAAAAAGAAGUGUGCAUUUCUUAUGCAUUCUGUUCUUAAGAAUGAUUUACGUUGGAUAUGAAAAAUCUUCUUAUCAGAGUCUGAGAAAGAUAGCGGAGGUGGAGCGUCUGGAGUGACAUGUUCUGUUUGUUUGCUGUAAGUCUUGUUAUCUGGAGUGCAAAUGCUGCAGAUAACAUGAGGUAAAGACCAAAGAAACAUUUGUUUGAUUGAGAUCUGAGAUUCAACAAGUUGUCCGUGUAUUUUAUGUCCGAUGUUGAGAAACUAUUUUUUGUUCUCCGUGUAUUGGAUAUGUGUUACAGAAUGCAAUGGACUCGAUAUGAAAACUUUAAAUAAAUUUUCUUGUUUUUAUUAUAAUUCUUUAUUUUAUUGAUAAAUUGACUUUGUGUAGGGCUUACACAGUUCUUCAGAGAAAAUGUUUCUUGUGUAGUCUUAGGUCAGGUAGGCAAUGGUGAUAUUUUAUAACUAUUUUCAUAAAUCAUCAUGUAAGUUCUCGAUCAUUGCUUAAGAGUUAUGUGAUGAAAUAUGGUACGUGCAGUCGAAGUAAAAAAAGUUAUUACUUUCUUUGGAAAUUCUUUCUCGUUCUGAACCAAAUCUAAAACGAAGGUAGUAUUAGAUCUGUGUUUACUACCAAAAUGCUGUAACAUGAUUUUUUUGUAUUCGCCGCUCAUGUAACAACACAUUCCAGACUUUUGGUGUACUGAUUAUUUUAUGUUCAAAAUGGUUUGUAAUAUUAAGAAAUUGUUCACACAGUAAUAGGGACUGAAUUUUUACAUUUAAGAAUGUAAUCGGAUUAAUUUUAUAAAUACUUAAACCUUGGAACAUUUCCGUAUCCUUGACGUCAAGUGUUCGCAGCUCAGCAGAGACGACAGUAUUGGUUUCUGAUGUAUACGUUAUUAUUGCUGUGAUAAAUAUGAAGUCUGUCCGUGCUGUAAUUAGAUCCCGACAGAAAUUAAGUAACUGCAUGAAAUUUGGUAAAUAUCAGUUGGAAAUUUUGUAUAUUAUAUGUAAGUUUUAGUAAUUUAUGUUGCCAACAUUUAAAACUUUGGAGGACAAAUGAAGGCGCACAUUUUCGUCUUCAUCUCAGUAUUUGGUCAUGUGACCCGUUGCGGUUUCAUUCCGCGUCGUUACUGUCCAACUUAAAGUCUUUACCCUCCUGCGUUUGUAUUCUGUAAUCUGCUUUCGUACCCUUGUUCUUUCUCAUUCUUUUUACAUGUUAUUUCCGGUCGGUUUGGUGUUGACAUUGAAAGGUGCUAAUGCAGAUCAGUUAUUAAAUGUUUAUACAAGUUUUGUGUUGGUGUCGUUGAAGCGGGGAUCUGAAAAAUACGUGAGGAUAACCUCCAGUAACUGAAAGUCCAUACCAAGUUUAUUGAGAACUAACAGAUUGGUAUGGAUGCAUUGUGAGCCUAAAAAUACUUGAAAUUUUAUAAAAUGUGUAGCUUUUAUGUUAUCUAUGUAAUAUCCUGUUUUAUCUUGAUAUCCAUAAGGAAUGUUAUAAAUCCUUGAAACUUUUCAGACCUGAUAUUAGCCAUUAAUGUGAUAUUACCUUGUAUGUUGCAUUUUGUAUGAAUAAUAAUUAUGAAUCAGUAGUAAUAAAAAUAUGAUUGUUACAA